AAACUUGCGGGCCUUCUUGGCAUCGGUGUUCACUGCGUCGCCCGCAAAAAGGCACAUGCGGGUGAAAGUGCGGAUAUACUCAUCCGCUGUGGAGCUGCCCUGCUGCAAGUGGUAGAACUCAUGCUCCAUCCUAUCCCAAAAGCUCUGGGGAAGGAACUUGCCACGCACCAUCAUCUUCAUUUGCUCCCAAGUGAGUGCAUGAAGCUCUGCCUCUGGCCUCCGAGCCCAGUGGUCAAUCCACCAGUCGGAAGCAUUCUCCUUCAUCUGGUAAGCUGCGAGGGAUACCCGCUGAUGGUCAGGGAGGGGAAGUACAGUGAAAAUCUUAUCCAGUUCUUUGAUCCACUCCAGCACCGCUGUGAUGUUCUCAGUCCCCGCAAAGGUUGGUGCAUUCAUCCUCUGAAACUGGACUAUAAGCUGAGUAAGGUCCAUGGCCGGAGGGGCCUGGUGAUGAUGACGAGGCGGGGAAGGAGAUGGGGAUGGCUGACGGUUACGGUUUUUGCGGGUAUUCAUAACUCUACAUUGAAUAGGCCGAACACG